AUGGAGAUUUCUUCCCACCAGUUUCACCUCCUCGAGCAGCUGAACGAACAACGGAAGCAAGACUUAUUCUGUGACUGCAAUAUCCUGGUGGAGGGAAAGGUUUUUAAAGCACAUCGCAAUGUGCUGUUUGCCCGCAGCGGCUAUUUCAAAAUGCUCCUUUCGCAGAGCUCGAAGGAGGCGAGUCAGCUUACGACAGCCACUUUUGAGGUCUUCUCUCCAGAGACAUUUAUGGUUAUCCUGGACUUCGUGUAUUCAGGCAUAUUGUCUUUAACCGGUCAAAAUGUGAUCGAAGUAAUGUCAGCUGCUAGCUAUCUGCAGAUGACAGAUAUUCUUAAUGUCUGCAAGACAUUCAUUAAGUCCUCACUUGAUAUUAAUGAAAAGGAAAAGGAUCAUUACCUCAGCCUUUCGGCCAAAAGUACAAACAGUGAACCUGCCCAUCCAUCUCUUUAUCGGUCGAGAAGGAAAGCAAAGAGCAACCCCAGGCGUUCCUAUUCCAUUCCGGACGAAAAGACUAAUACAGUGAAUGAAAAUUCCUGGAGUGGUUACGGCAGCUAUCUGUCCUCACAGGUGAUUCUUCAGCGGGCAGAAACACAGCUAUCAAAAAGAGGCAGAAAACAGGGCUCAGCGAGAAGGCGCCGAAAGCACCUCGGGCUGUCACAGACCCGUGAUUUUGUGCAGUGUAAAUCGAGCAAAGCCGAGCGGGCCAGCGGAGGCUGCAGCGCUUUAGAUUCCAGCCACAUCUCUCGGGUUAGAGAGGAGGUUGAAUUUGAUGCCGAGAAUGAUGUUGAUCACGAUGAUUACGGAUAUAAUCACGAAUCAGAAGUGCUGUAUUUCUCUGUAACAGAUGACUUACCUCGGAUGCGAUUCAAAUGCCCCUUCUGUACGCACACGGUGAAACGACGUGCAGACCUGAAGCGACAUCUUCGGUGUCACACAGGGGAGCGACCGUACCCAUGCGAAGCGUGUGGGAAAAGGUUCACCCGACUAGAGCAUUUACGUAACCACUUCCAAACGAUACAUCAAGCUGGCAAACUGAUCUGCAGAAAAUGCAAGCGACAUGUAACUGACCUAACAGGAUGUGUUGUUCAGCAAGGAACAAGACGCUACAGACUGUGCCAUAAGUGUCUAGCAGAAGCUAAUUUUGACAGCAUCCCUGACGAUUUAGAUGCAGAACAUUCUCCUGUCUCCUCCACGGGAAACAAACGUUCCAAAUGGGCUUUGGAGGAGGAGCAGAAAUCAGAUGAAGAGACAGCGGAGGAGGAGCCGUAUAACUUGGUUGUCCGACACGUUAAUGACGGUAUUCCAGAUGAGGUAGAUGAAAAGGUGAAACCAAAUCUUAGGUAG